AUGUCCAGUGCAAGUAGUAUUCCCGAAGAAAUCAAUGAGUUCUUCACCAAGGCAACGCCCUUGUGGAAAGUGAGUGGAGACGAUUAUGAUGGAGGUCCAAAAGGUUUUCUUGAUUCCUUACGCAAAUACCACAAAGACCAUCCCGAAGUGGAUUACUUUGCACUAUUGGAAUCCACCCUACCGGAAGUUCCGGAAUCCCUCAAUCGGUUUGGUGAGGGUCACUUUGACUUUACCGACGUGAAUAUGGAUGAAACUAUGAAGGUUUACUCGAAGGCCUUGAAGUUUCUAACAUCAUCUCAGGAAGAGUUAUCCACUCGAGUUGUGGAUCUUCUUGUCAACCGCAAACUCAUUUCAGAUGUCACCCCUCUUCGUGGGAAAGACCCAGAAUCCAUAAUGGCACACUUUUCUUCCAUUCUUCAAGAGGACCCGCCAGAGCAACAAGCCUAUCGAUACAUUCAAAACAAACAUUUUCUGGCUAUUGUGGCCCUUUACAUCUUGGCAUUGACCUUUCCCGACGAAAAAUCUUUGCCAAAGGUCGUCCAAGGCAUAUUUGAACGGCUCAAGAAAUCCAGCGACCCGCAGAGCUUGGACAAUGAAAACUAUGGUGGAGAAUGCGACGACUUUUUUGAAGACAUGUCAUGCUUUAACCGGCUUCACGGCAACUUGUGCGAUCUGACAGCUCUUGCCCAAAGUAACUCAGAAAAACAAGGUUCUGAUUCUUCCAGUCCCAGUAGCCCAGUGGAGCAACUUGUGGACUGGACCAUUCUAGUGGCGGACAACUCCUACUAUGAGAAUCGAAACAAUUUGGUCUACGAUCUUUACGACACUACCUAUGACCAUGUUGCAGAGCUGGAUCCCGUCUUGACGGACAAUACUCGACACAAGAUUACCCUGUUGUAUCUGGUCG